AUGAAGAUCGCCUCAAUACUAGAACACUCUCUAUUAAGAGGUGUUCUGUUUAUAAUUCUGUCACAGCUAUGUGUAGCAAAUGCAGCGACAAAUGAAAGCGGUUCUGAUCCAAUUGUACUCACUAUUUCGGGGAAGGGUGGAAACAAGUCGAGUCCAUUGCUUUAUGGAGUCAUGUUCGAGGAGAUGGAUCAUUCAGGUGAUGGUGGAAUUCACGGGCAAUUACUGCAGAACAAUGGGUUCCAAGGAACCAGUCUUGGAAUGACAGCAUAUGCACCCAUCGGGUCUGUGAAUAUCUCACAGGAUACCUCCAAGCCAGUGAGCGAUGCCCUAACCUCCUCACUCAGGGUUUCAGUUCCUGGGAAUGUAACCGAGUAUGUCGGCUUCGCAAACACGGGCUAUAACGGGGUGCCUGUUAGCAAUGCCACCUACAACAGUUCAUUCUGGAUGUCGGGCACAUACUCAGGGACAAUCAAUCUCCAACUCAUUGGGUCUCACAGUGGGAUUGUGUACGCCGAUCACAAUCUAACGGUCGAGAGUACAGAAAGCAACUUCACCCAAUUCAAGACAACCUUCAACUCAAGUGCAUCCCCAGAUGGCGAUAAUGAGUGGCAUUUAACCUUCGAUGGCAACAAGAUUGCGGGAAGCGCAUUGAACUUCGGUUACAUCGAGUUAUUCCCACCGACAUAUCACGAGAGAGAGAAUGGGUUGCGCGAAGACCUCGCAACGGUCUUUGAAAAGGUUAAAUUCAAAUUUCUUCGGUUUCCGGGUGGGAACAACAUCGAGGGUCUGGAGAUUGACAGUCGUUGGAAAUGGAACAGGACCAUUGGGCCCUUGAUUGACCGACCUGGUAGAGAAAGUGAUUGGUUUUAUCCAAACACGGACGCUCUUGGGUUGGAUGGAUAUCUCUGGUGGUGUGAGGAUAUGCAAAUGACACCUUUGUUGGCGAUAUGGGCGGGAAAGUCAUACGGAGGUAUCGUAUCGGGCUCCGACCUGCAGCCAUUUGUCGAUGAUAUUCUGAAUGAGCUAGAGUAUCUCCUUGGAAACUCGUCGACUCACUUUGGAGCGCUGCGCGCGAAGAAUGGUCGCAAGGAUCCGUGGAAGAUUCCGUAUGUGGAAAUUGGAAAUGAAGAUGACCUUACUGGUGGAUGUGAUACCUAUCCUGAUCGCUUCAACCAAAUCUAUACCGCGAUUCAUGAUGCGUAUCCCAACAUUACUUUGAUUGCAUCGAAUGGGGACUAUUCGUGUCUGCCAUCUCCUGUGCCAGAGGGAGUCAUCAUCGAUCUGCACUUGUAUCGUCAGCCAGAUGACUUUGUGGCGUUGUUCAAUCAAUUCGACAAUCAACCUCGGAACCAAAGCAUAAUGGUUGGAGAGUAUGGAUGUCGAAACACAUCAAAUGCGAAGGGGACAUAUUGGUCAUACAUGCAAGGCAGCUGCAGCGAGGCCAUAUACAUGAUGGGCAUGGAGCGAAACAGCGAUAUUGUGCAAAUGGCGGCUUAUGCGCCCCUGUUAGAACAUUUCGGGUUUGUUUCUUGGUCGCCAACACUCUAUGGGUUUAACUCAUCUCCAGGAUCGAUAACGCCUUCAACAUCCUAUUUCGUUCAAAAGAUGUUCGCUUCAAAUAAGGGAGAUACAGUGAUCCCAGUCAAGUCAUCGACAGAAUUUGGGCCACUCUAUUGGGUCGCAUCGAAAUCAGACUCGCAGCAUUAUGUCAAGUUGGCCAACUACGGGCCAGAAGAGCAGAAUGUCACAGUGAGCAUUCCUGAGACUAAAUCAGGGACAUUAGAGAUGUUGAGUGGCUCUCGGUUUCAAGGGAACACACCAUAUGAAGUGGAUGUUGAGACAGUCACCACCAAAAUUGAAAGCAAAGAGGGAAAUUAUUCAGUCAGCAUGGACCCCUGGGCGAUUGCUGUCUUGGCUGUUGCAUGA